AUGGUGGGACGUUACGUGUUUGUUCAUGUUCCCGGAUAUAUGGCUAUUCUUACGCUUUGUGAGCUUGAAAUCUACGGGGAUUUGAUAGACAACCAAGCAAGUGUUGGAGCUGCUACACAGUCAUCAACAUCCAAGAACUGGUCUGCUGACAGGGCCAUUGAUGGAGAUCGAGGUCUCCAGCGGAUCAAUAAAGGAUGUUCCUCCACCCUUAAUGAGACAAGCCCAUGGUUAAGGGUGGAUCUGCUUUAUUUUUACGCUAUCAACAGGGUCGUCAUCACUAACAGAAAUGACAGCAAUGCAGGACAAAUAACAGGCCUGGAGAUUCACAUUGGAAGUUCUUUGGAGAACAACGGCAACAACAACCCCAUAUGUGCUGUUGUUCCUGGUAUUCCAGUGGGUGAGUCCUACAACUACACAUGUAAUGGGAUGAUAGGACGUUACAUCAAUCUGAUCAUUCCUGGAGACUUGCAGAUGCUCACUCUGUGUGAGGUGGAGGUUUUUGGAAAAGGUCCUGUUUUUGGAAGAUCAUUUGUAAGGAUGCACUUUAGCUCCACAAUGGAUUUGACCGACCAGACAAUGAGUAACAAUAUUCUUCAGCAGGCAUACACAGCUGUAUCGGCCAAUGAUAUUUAUUGA